GCGGGCCGGGGGAGGCAACAUGGCGGUGCAGGCGGUGCACCUGGAGGCGGACGCGUUCCUGGUGUGCCUGAACCACGCGCUGAGCACCGAGAAGGAGGAGGUCAUGGGGCUCUGCAUCGGAGAGGUGGACACCAGCAGAAUCGUCCACAUCCACUCUGUGAUCAUCCUGCGGCGCUCUGACAAGAGGAAGGACCGUGUGGAGAUCUCACCGGAGCAGCUCUCAGCUGCUUCCACUGAAGCAGAGAGGCUGGCAGAGAUGACAGGACGGCCCAUGAGGGUGGUGGGCUGGUACCACUCCCACCCCCACAUCACCGUGUGGCCCUCACACGUGGAUGUCCGCACACAGGCCAUGUAUCAGAUGAUGGACCAAGGCUUUGUGGGGCUCAUCUUUUCCUGCUUCAUUGAGGACAAGAACACCAAGACAGGUAGAAUUCUCUACACCUGUUUCCAGUCUGUUCAGGCCCAGAAGAGCUCAGAAUAUGACAGGAUUGAAAUUCCCAUUCAUGUUGUCCCCCAUGAAACCAUUGGGAAGGUGUGUCUGGAGUCAGCUGUGGAGCUGCCCAAGAUCCUGUGCCAAGAAGAGCAGGAUGCCUACAGGAGAAUUCACAGCCUCACCCACCUUGACUCUGUAACCAAGAUCCAUAAUGGCUCAGUGUUCACAAAGAACCUCUGCAGCCAAAUGUCUGCCAUCAGCGGGCCCCUGCUGCAGUGGCUGGAGGACAGGCUGGAGCAGAACAAACAGCGCAUGCAGGAGCUGCAGCAGGAGAAGGAGCAGCUGCUGGAGGAACUUGCUGCUUUGGAGUGAGGAGGAAAUGCAGACCCUUCAGGAAAGUGAUGUGAAAAAAUCUUCAAGGAACUACUCCAGGCUGAAGGGUGGCCCUGGAUUGCCUCAGUGGAGGUACUGGCUGUGCCUCUUCUCUUGCAGCAAAGAGCACAGCUCCAGGAUCAGGACUUUACCUGCCCCAGCCUGGUGCAAAGCACUGCUGUGGCUGCAGUUGCUGCACUUCUGGCUCAGGGGUGGGGCUGGGCAGCACCUGAAUGCUCCUGUUCUGGAGAGCACACACCUAGGGAACCUGUUGUUUCACCCUCUAUGUUUUGACAGAAGUGCUAUUGCUUUACAUGUAUUCCAGGAGCUUGUAACAGGAGGGUUAGAGGGGAAAAGUGUCUCUGCUGUCAUAUAUGAUGCUGCCUACUUCUGCCUUCCCUUAGUAGCUUCAGUUGACCAUGAUCUUAUAUCUAAUAAUGUUCUGGAUCACUGGUCCUUCAUCCAGGCAGGCAGGAGGUGGGAGGGAAGCUUGGGAACAGACCUGGAAGAUCUUUGACAUAGGAUCUGUGUUGAGCAUAUGUCAAACCAAAUAAACAAUUCCAAAGCUAGAGCUGUUGGGAGUAGAAAUGAAA